AUGGAUGUCUUGUUACCAACGGAAGUUCCACCGGAUAACAUGGGAACCGUGUCAACAACAGAUCAACGAAGGACUUUCAACGUCUUCAGAUCAAUGUGUGAACUUGCCCUAAUCAGGAGCCAAAUUUACAAACACCUCUACUCUGUCGCAGCAGCAGAUCGCCCGCUUGUUGAAGUGGCCGCCGCGGUUGCGAUGUUAAACGAAAAGCUCCAACUGUGGAAAGAUAGCAUUCCCACCGAGUUUCAGCCCGAAUCCAAAAGAUUUUCCGCUUUUCCAAAAUCCUCGACAAUAUCUGCGACUCUCCUUUUUCUGCAUUUCUCAUACUUCAGCUGUCUGAUCGCUAUUCAUCGGGUCCCAGCGGCCCGGGGGUCAAGGCUAGCUAUGGAUUUAGUCGAAAGAAACAACGUCUACAAUGUACCCCACCCAGUGGUGUCCAUGUCGGAAUCACUGUGCACCACAGCUGCAACGGCGUCGAUAAACUUGAUGAAAUACAUUCCCAAAUCUAAUAUCGCCCUCAUAGGGAUGAUGAUUUACUACCCUAUACUUGCAUCCAAAACACUCUCCUCGGCCAUCGUCCAGAAUCCACGAGACACUUCGCGCAUAUAUCACAUCCGACUUAUCAUGCAAGUGGAAACGUUUGUAUCAUCCUUGGUUCUUGAUACACCCAAUGAAGGGAUUGAUGGACUUUUGAAGGAUUGCGCCGAGUAUCGCUCUCUCGCGGAGGCUGCAGUGAGGGAGGCUACCCAAUUAUGUCGGGGUUGA